AUGUCUGGCCGUGGAAAGCAAGGAGGCAAGACCCGUGCUAAGGCCAAGUCGCGCUCGUCCCGCGCUGGCCUGCAGUUCCCGGUGGGGCGAGUGCACCGUCUGCUGCGCAAAGGCAAUUAUGCCGAGCGGGUGGGGGCCGGCGCGCCCGUCUACAUGGCGGCAGUCCUCGAGUAUCUGACCGCCGAAAUUCUGGAGCUGGCGGGCAACGCGGCCCGAGACAACAAGAAGACGCGCAUCAUCCCUCGUCACCUGCAGCUGGCCAUCCGCAACGACGAGGAACUGAACAAGCUGUUGGGCAAAGUCACCAUCGCCCAGGGCGGCGUUUUGCCCAACAUCCAGGCCGUUCUAUUACCAAAGAAAACCGAAAGCCACAAAACCAAAAGCAAAUAAAUCCAGACCAAGUAAACCAAAGACCAAAGGCUCUUUUUAGAGCCAC